CUUGCUUAAAUGUCACGUGUGUUUGAAAUAACUCCCUCGAAUUAUCAUUCAUAAGAGAGUUAGCUGAGCGAAUGUUACAAAUUUGUUGAUUAAAUUGUCUCCUAUGCUCCUGAGAACAAGUGUUCGAAUAACAUAAAAAUGACGGAUACAAGUCGAUUUAUCGAAAUAGACCAUGAAAGAAAACCAACUACUGGAUAUGUUAUGGGAAAUUCGACGGAACAGUCCGGUUUCUGUGAUGUAUUUCUUAUGGUACUAUCGUACAUUUUAAUAGUCUGCACGCUCCCUUUUUCACUCUUCUUCUGUUUCAGGGUUGUUCAGGAAUACGAGCGUGCCGUAAUAUUUCGUUUAGGACGUCUUUCUAAAGGUGGUGCAAGAGGUCCAGGUUUAUUUUUUAUAUUGCCAUGCACAGACAACUACUGUAAAGUAGAUCUAAGAACUGUAUCUUUCAAUGUCCCACCACAAGAGGUAUUGAGCAAGGAUUCCGUCACUGUAUCCGUUGAUGCUGUAGUAUAUUACCGUGUAAGCAACGCAACUAUCGCAGUCUCCAAUGUAGCCAAUUAUGAUUCGUCAACUCAGCUGCUCGCAGCUACAACACUGAGGACAGUUCUGGGGACGAAGAGCUUGUCUGAAAUCUUAUCCGAAAGGGAACAUAUUAGCCAUGUAAUGCAGUCUAGUUUGGAUGAAGCUACCGCACCUUGGGGCGUGAAAGUUGAAAGAGUUGAAAUUAAGGAUGUGCGACUGCCACAACAGAUGCAGAGAGCGAUGGCUGCUGAAGCAGAAGCAGCUAGGGAAGCCCGAGCUAAGGUAAUUGCAGCAGAGGGCGAGCAGAAAGCUUCAAGAGCACUCAAAGAAGCAUCUGAUAUCAUAUCAGACUCGCCUGGCGCUUUGCAACUAAGAUAUUUGCAGACCCUAACAUCCAUUGCAGCUGAGAAGAACUCUACGGUUGUGUUUCCCUUACCCAUGGAAUUGCUAAGAGGAUUAGGAGUGAAAUAAUGCGCACCACACAGAAAAAAUUCAUUAAAAUGUUUUCGUAAUUUUUUGUAGCAAUUUAAAAAGUGUGUUUAAUGCUUUUAUAUUUUGUAUUUGAGAUUAUAAAAUUAGUUUAUAUAUGUAACUUUUGGCAUCUUUUAGACAUUAGCAUUUGUUCCUAAAGUUUUUCUUUUUUUUGCACUAUAGAAAAACAUAAGUUGUUGCUGCUUUUGAAUGAGCAUUUGUUCCUAAAGCUGCUUUUUGUACUAUAGAAAAACAUAGGUCGUUGCUGUUUUUGAAUGAAUAUGUGAUAGAUGUGUCUUAUGUUUUAUACAUCGCCUACAUCACGUCAGAAAUUCGAGUGUGCUCACGAACUGUUUUGAGAAAAAUCAGUUAAAAGUUUGACUUAAGGGAAAAAUCUAGUCAUGACAUCUGAACAGAAUUUUUUUUACAAAUAUCUAUUUUUUAGCAUAGUUCAAAACAUAUAGAAAGAGUUGACAGUUUUGAAAAUACAUUUAGGUGAAAACUAAAGGCUCAGAUUCGUCAUUUGUGGCAUGGACAGACAAAUAUAUGUAUUCAUUAAUCAUUUUUGUAAAACUAUAUGUGCCUUUUGUAUCCUCACACUUUUAAUCAUUCACCAAAGAUUAUAAAUAAACUAUCCGUGUUAAUCA